UGCCGCCUCCCGCGGCGGGCCCUGCGGUGCGGUGCACCGGCCAUUUCCCGUGUUGGCGGGGUGCAGGCGUCAUACGCACCACAGGCACCUCCGGGGAGCCCGUCCCCCCGCUUCCCUGCGGAUUUCCGGGUAACCCGGGGGCAGGGUCACUCCGCGUGCACCAGAGACUGGCCCGGGGAGGAGGGGCAGAAUGAGGCAGAGGAUGCGCGCCCCGCGCCCCCGCCAGAGGGGUCACAACGGCCACCACUGGACGCCUCCUAGGAGCCGGACUCUGCCCAGCGCCCCGGGGACGGAGGCCCUGCUGUCCGGCGCCGCUCGCGCUCUAUCGAGAGAAGGGUCAGGAAGCAAGGGAGCGAGUCGCGAGGGCUCCGUAGGGAGUGGGAGAGGGCUGACUGGUGGUCCGGUAAGGCUUCUCGGAGGAGGCGCCACGGAAGCCGGCGCUCGGAGGGCGAGAAGAAACCAGCCAGGGGCAGGAGGGGCCGCGGACGACACAGCCUCAGGGGACCCCAGGCCCGCGGCCCCGCAAGAGGAGCCCUCGGGGCGGGGGGCUCUGGCACCCCCUUCGGCCCUUUAAGGGGGAGCAGGGGUCGGUGUGGGCGGUGUCAAGGCCCCCUCGCGACCGCUGAUUGGGCGGCGCGGCCGAGCGGCGCGGCUCCACGGGCUCUGAUAGGCGAGCGCGGCCGGGCGCCGCCGCCAGGUGAUGCCGAGGGUCUGCGCUCGCGGCCACGUGGGGGGCGCGCGGGGCGGGCGCCCGGGCGCAGCAGCGCGGGGGACGCGCAGGGGUCGGGAGCUGGAGCUGCGGGACGGGACGCGCCACGACAGGGCUGCCGCGCCUUUCUUCCUGUGGACCUUGAAGCUGGGCACCCUCGGGGCCAUGCAGAGGGCAGGGGCGGGCGGCCGGAGGGCCUCUGACUGCGGGCCGGCCCCGUACCGGCCCAGGUGCAUCACCAAGUUUGCCCAGUACGUGGGCUCCUUCCCCGUGGACGACCUGGACACCCAGGAGAGCGUGUGGCUGGUGCAGCAGCAGCUGUGGACACUGAAGGACUGUCCGCGCCGCCGGGCCGUCAUCCUGAAAUUCAGCCUCCAGGGACUGAAGAUCUACAGCGGGGAGGGUGAGGUGCUCCUGAUGGCCCACGCCCUGAGGCGCAUCCUCUACUCCACCUGGUGCCCGGCUGACUGCCAGUUCGCCUUCGUUGCGCGGAACCCACGGAGCCCGGCCAGCAAGCUCUUCUGCCACCUCUUUGUGGGCAGCCAGCCCGGAGAGGUCCACAUCCUGUACCUGCUGCUGUGCCGCUCCUUCCAGCUGGCUUACCUCCUGCAGCACCCCGAGGAGAGGGCCCAGCCUGAGCCCUCCCCAGCACCCACUGCGGAUGUGCCUCCGAAGCCCCUGGGGGGCCCACCUGCCCUGGCACGGGAGCCCUUCGGCCGGGAUCAGCUGUCACAGAACGUCCACGCCUUGGUCUCCUUCCGGCGGCUGCCAGCAGAGGGGCCGGUGGGCAGUGGGGAGCUGCUGGAGUCGGAGGGCCGAGGGGGCGCCCGCCACGCCCGCCUGGGGAACCCCUACUGCUCGCCCACGCUGGUCCGCAAGAAAGCCAUUCGCAGCAAGGUGAUCCGCUCGGGGGCCUACCGGGGCUGCACCUACGAGGCUCAGCUGCAGCUGUCGGCGCGGGAGGCCUUUCCCGCCGCAUGGGAGGCGUGGCCCCGGGGUCCUGGGGGCCCCUCGUGCCUGGUGGAGAGCGAGGGCAGCCUGACGGAGAACAUCUGGGCCUUUGCUGGCAUCUCCAGGACCUGUGCCCUGGCCCUGCUGCGGAGAGACGUGCUCGGGGCCUUCCUGCUGUGGCCGGAGCCGGGCGCCAGCGGCCAGUGGUGCCUGUCCGUGCGCACGCAGUGCGGCGUGGUGCCCCACCAGGUCUUCCGCAACCCCCUAGGCCGCUACUGCCUGGAGCGGCUGCCAGCAGACUUCCCCAGCCUGGAGGCCCUGGUGGAGAACCGCGCCGGCGCCAAGCGCAGCCUCUUCUGCCCCCUGGGCAUGGGCCGCCUGAACCCCACCUAUGAGGAGCAGGACUCCGGGCCGCCUCGGACUCUCCGGCCCCUUGGCCACGCCAAGUCCGAGGCAGAACUGCAGGGCCUGGGCUAGGAGAACGUGCGCGCGCACGGCGCCGCCUCACCUUGCUCCUGCCUGCCCCACCCCGCGCCAUGCCUCUUGGGCCAGUCUUCUGUCCUGCGAGAUUCCUGGAGAUGUGGCAGAGCUCCGGGCUUCGGGCUUUCCCUGGUGACUUUGCCAACUUGUCACAUCCGGGCUCCCACUUGCCUCCUGGCAGAGGAGCCCGCCAAGGGGGGCGGGGGCCCUGACGGGGGUGGGGGUCUCCAGAGAGUUCUGGCCAGGUGAGAGAGAGUGAGGUCUCCCGCCCCAGCUCCCCCAGCUGUCUGGGAGGUGCCGGCCAGGAUCUGCAGGCCACAGUUGCUCUGUGGCUGGUGUGUCCUCCGACAUGGCACCACCCGUGGCUGGCGGGGUCAGAGCAGAGGCCUUCAUGCAGAGGUGGUGGUGACGUGUGCCCUGCCAGAGGCGCUGAGGCCUCAGCGGGCAGGGGGAGACCCAGGUGGGGCUGCAGGCAAUGGCCCUGCUGGCGACUGGCAUCCAGGGUGCCCCCACCCCUUCUGAGUAAGCUCGACGGGCAGUCGUGAGUGUGUAGGCACAGUUACUGCUCCGGAUAUCUGUCCCCGAGGCGGGGCCGUGCCGUGCUGGGACGUAACAGGUAUGCGAGUCCUGGAAGGCAGAGGCGCCUGUGCGCAGCCGCACCAGGACAGGACCUCGGCCAGGGGCCUGUGGCUUUCUUGCAAGACAGGUGCCCUGGCCUGUCUCAAAGGAGAGGAGGCGGUCCCCCGGGGCUCUUUUAGUCGGAGAUACUGCCCUGAUUUGUGCCGAAUGGGAGUGGGACAUUGGGACUGGUGUUCCAGGCAUCUUGACUGAACCGGUCCCCUCCCUGGGCAGAGUGCCGUCCUGUGGCGGGAGCCCCCAGCCUCAUGUGCCCCGCAGCCCUGGCAAUGGGGGGCUGGGUUCACAGUCAGUGUUCCACUGCAGGGUGGGCUCGGGGGAGCGCUGAGCACAUGGAAGGGAGCAGCCUUCCCCAAGCUCAGACUUCGGUCAGCUCCUGCUGGUCACAGGUUACACUUGGGCAAGGCUUUUGGCCCAGGGAUGCCAGCUUCUUAGUGUCUUAAUAAUGGAGCACGGCUGUGUGUGUGUGUCUGUGUCCCAACCACCACCACUUGGGUCGCCCCAGUGUGGACUCAAUAAAACCCGUUCC